AUGAAAAAGGGAAUCAGCGAAAAUCGUAUCAAGAAAGCCGUAACGAUGCGGAUGUUGAAAGAUGAUAAAUACCCAGUGGUUUUGUAUCUUAACAUUAAAGGAGAAGAAACGCGUACCACCAUAGCUAUUUUUACCGAGUUCUCGAAAGCCAAGGCUAAAACACCGGACAGGAAGUCUGGAUCCAUAUCAGACCUGAUUCCAUAUAUACCAACCACACAAGCAAAAACUUGUUCCGCGACACGCGGGAUAGGUCAAUGA